CUUUCCCCCAAAAUUGACGGCACCGCCGCUGCUCGUCGGCCCGACCAACCGUCGGUCUCCGCCGCGCCAAGCGUCCCUCCUCACCACCGCAAAGCUAACCCUAGUCCACGAUCCACGAUCCCCCUCCCGAAGGCAGCCUGGCCGAUGCCCGCGCCCGUGCCGGCGGCGGCGCCGUGGCCCGUGUCGCAGGAGAUCUCCUACCUCGCCGAACGCCUCCUCGCCCACGCCGACGGCGACGCCGGGCUGCGGGACCUCGCGGCCGCGCUCCUCCGGGUCCAGCCCGUGGCGGGAGGGAUCGAGAAAAGGCGGGGGGCCGCCGGGGCGGACCUCACGGAGUGGCUCCUCCAGCUCAAGGACGCCGUCGCCGAGGCCGACGACCUCCUGGACGAGCUCCUCGAGCGCCGCCGCAGCCGGCUCGGCCCGGCGCUCGCUUCCUGCGUUGCCCGCGGCAAGCCAUCGCGGGAGGUGAAGCGACUGGUGGGCAGGAUCGACCGCAUCCAUGACGGCUCCGAGCGUCUCGUUGACCCGGCGGAGGAAGCGGGCGAGGCAGGGUUCGGCGUGAGGUCGCCGAACCGGGUGACAGGCUCCGUGCUUACGGAGCGGAAGGUGAUUGGGCGUGAGAAAGAGUGUGGCGAGAUAGUCAGCAGGCUGGUCGAUUCUGCCGAUGAAACAUGCUCUUCUGAUCUUCCUGCCGUUGCGAUCGUCGGCCAUGGUGGAAUGGGGAAGACAACGGUUGCGCAGUUUGUUUAUAACAGUGAGAGGAUUGAACGGCACUUCGAUCUCAGAGCAUGGGUCUGUGUCUGGGAUAGGUCUGAUGCGGCUGAGUUAACAAGGCAGAUAUUGCAGUCAAUUGGUGUUCCUGAUUAUGCAUUGUAUGGUGAUAGUUCAGCCGAAUUGGAAAUCCUACAGGCAAAACUUGAAGUAUCGAUCAUGUCAAAGAGGUUUCUCCUGGUUCUUGAUGAUGUUUGGAAUGAUGAGGGUAAGACAGAGCUGGAGAAUAAGGAUCUGUGGAAGAAAGUUUUGGCACCUCUUAGGUCUGCCGUAAGUGGGAGCAAGAUAUUGGUGACCACUAGAAUGAAACUAGUAGCAGAAUUUCUGAAUUCAACUCAUGUUGUCCCCAUCGAUGUGUUGGAAAUGAGGGAUUGCUGGUUAUUGUUAAAGGAGGCUGCUCUGGGUGGAGAAAGCAUGGGUGUUCCCCCUGAUUUGCAAGAGAUUGGGAGAACUAUUGCUGCAAAUGCAAAGGGCUCCCCUUUGGUUUCUAAAGCUCUUGGACAGAUGCUAAGAAACACUAGUAGUACAUGGAGGUGGAAAACACUUCUGGACACAGAAAUUAGUCAUAGCAUCAUUAUGUCGUCUCUUCAACACAGUUAUCAGCACUUGCCUGUGCACCUCCAGCGAUGCUUUGCAUACUGCAGCAUUUUUCCAAGGGGCUGGAGGUUUCACCGAGACAAAUUGGUGAAGAUGUGGGUCGCCGUGGGUUUUAUUCAACUAUCAAGCAAGAAAGGAAAAAGUGAAUAUGAUUUAGCACAAGAAUACUUUCAUGAUCUGCUUUCACGGUCAUUCUUCUGCAUGGCCAGCAAAGACAAUCAAACAUUAUAUUUCCUAAAUGACCUAAUGCAUGAUUUGGCACAGCACGCUUCUGCUCAUGAUUGUAUCAAAAUCGAUGAAAGCAUGCCUGGUGUGAUCCCACCAACGGUGCGCCACUUGUCCAUCUCAACUGAUUAUUUUCCACAGCUCAAGAACAAGUGUAGGUUGGGAAGGCUGCGGACCUUAUUCGUUCUUAGAAGCUCCUCAUUAUCCUUAAGUCAUCUUCCUAGUAAGUUUCUGUCUGAAUUUAAGAACUUGCGUGUUUUGGAUCUUAGUGAGUCUGAUAUUUUAGAAUUACCAGAAACCAUUAGUCAGUUGUUACAUCUCCAUUACCUAGCUUUGUGCCGCAUGACUAGCAAACUUCCCAAGUGUGUGUACAGAUUUCUACAGAAUGGGGUGCUGGAUAUGCCUCUAUUGUUAUUUUCUGAUAGUCAUUCCAGACGUAUGAGUAAAUUGGUCAGACAUAAAACAUCAUGAAACUUGUCGCAACAUCAAGGGUUAGUUGGACUGUAUGAAGACCUAAUUUUUGCUUUCAACAAAAGCAGGAUUAAUCAUUUUAAAUAAAGAGAAAAAGGGGGUGUGGUUGGUAACUCUGAAGAUGAUCGGUUAGUGACAUUAUCAGCUCUGUUAUGUGCCUUUUGGGUUGAACUUGGUUAAGAUGCUGCGGAGUGGGUUAAAGAUAUCUUGUGGACUCAAAUCUGUUCCAAGACUCGGUGUUUUCUAAUUUGGUGGAUCAAGUCUUUCCAGAAUGGCGUCAAGCAAGGGGUUGCGCACAUCUUCAUAUUGUUGUUGUGUUUCCUGUUGGUUUUGUAUCUGCCAAUCUUCUCCAGGUUAAUUGGCAAUAUUUUCAAGCCAUCACUGGAGUAGCUGCCAGUUUGCUUAUAGUACUCUGGUAUCCUGACAAGAUAUGUACAGUCCGUUUAUUUCCAUUUUCACAUUUGUAAGCUAUUGUAUACUUUUUUAUUUCACUCGGCUUGUCCCCUACUGUUCAUUCAAGCAAAGAAGAAACGAAUGAUGAUUUGAGACUACUUUUUGGCCGCAUGUUGCCCUACUGCAUUGUGCACUCCAUUUCGUGAUGCUGCGCAUUGGAUUUCAGUACUGAGUCGCAGUAGAUACCCGAGUUCCGAUAAAAGUUGGGGAAUGGAUAUACGCACAAAGUAAAACUUGAG